UACCAGCCGGCUGGGAGAGCAAAGCAAUUCCAAAGGACGGCACUCCGGAGGUGCUGCUGCUCCCUCUGAUUAAAUCAGACAAACCAGCCUCUCGGUUGCUUUCCCUGCCGCAGCAAUCAGCUGUAAAUCAAGGAGGGAUUAGGGGCAUCUUUGGCAGCUGCCCGUCUCCCCGCCAGAUUUAGCCACCACCCCGGCCCAUCGCGUGGGCGCUGACACCAGCCCGGCAGCAUCGCUCCGCCGAGCGGCACCGCAGCUCCUUCCCUUGCGCCUCGGGAUGCUGCACGGGUGCGUAGGACAGGAGAAGGGCAGCAGUUAAAUUGCAGGAUUAAUGUUUUCUGAAGGCUCUGCUGAGUACUGAUUUCUGACCCCGAAGCUGCUGGGGAGUGAGGACAGAGUUAAGUAAGUAGCAGUUGCUCCAGCAGCUGGCCUGCCUCUCCGGGGUGAGGACAGGGCUCCGUAUAUAAGGGAAGGAGCAGCCUUUGCCUUUCAUCCCUCCGUUCAGUUGCUUCGCUGAGCGGCAGGGCUCAUCCCCGCACCUCUGCAAAGACCCAGCGCGAUGCCGCUCAAGAAAGCCGACCCGAGGAAGGAAGCAGCCAGAGCAGCUCCAGCCCCAGAGUCACCCAGAGAGCCUGCCUUCGAUCCCAAGAGCGUGAAGAUUGAAUUUACUGCAGAGCAGAUCGAAGAGUUCAAAGAAGCCUUCAGCCUCUUUGACCGGACGCCCACGGGAGCCAUGCAGAUCACCUACACGCAGUGCGGGGAUGUCCUACGGGCGCUCGGCCACAACCCCACCAACGCAGAGGUCCUGAAGGUGCUGGGCAAGCCCAAACCAGAAGAAAUGAACACAAAGAUGUUGGACUUUGAGACCUUCCUCCCCAUCCUGCAGCACUUCACCCGCAACAAGGAGCAGGGAACCUUCGAGGACUUUGUGGAAGGGCUGCGUGUCUUCGACAAGGAGGGCAACGGCAUGGUGAUGGGAGCCGAGCUGCGCCAUGUGCUGGUCACGCUGGGGGAGAAGAUGACAGAAAGCGAGGUGGAGCAGCUCAUGGCAGGGCAAGAAGAUGCCAAUGGCUGUAUCAACUAUGAAGCUUUUGUCAAGCACAUCAUGUCUGGCUGAAAGAAGAAACUUCAGGUGAGUUUAUCAGGGUCUCCUGCUGCUCACCGCAAAAUUGGAGAUCCUGCGUAUAACGGCCAGGGGCAGAACCACCAAAACCCAAACCGCAGAAGCAACCCUGCAGUGGACUAACGCCACAGGAAUAAUCGCAGCUCUGAAAGCACAAAAAGCAGCGUUUAUGAUAAUAACCUCACUUGUAACUCGUGCCGUUUAAAAUACAUUGGGACAGCAUUGGCCCCGUGACUGUCGCUCAUGGUCUGUGUCGAUUCUCUGCUCGGAAAGAAAGAGGCUCUCGGGAAGGUUUGAACCCACCUGAGCACCAUGAACAGCGAGAUUCCUCCAUCCAUGUCCCUUCCUCCCUGGAUGUCACACAUCUGCAGAGAUGUUUUGCAUGAACCACCACGAAGAGUUGGCCUCCAUGGGUGUGUGCCUAAGCCUCCGUAUACAACGAGACAUCUGCAACUUGGUUUUAAACCUUAAGUUAUUCUUUUCAGUCUUUUCCUGUGACACUUGGCUCAUUAAAUUUUGU